AUGCGAGAGAGAGAGGAGAUAGAAAAAGAGGAGAGCGUAGCUGAUGAGCUGAGGGAAGCAGCUAGUCUGGAGAUUCCAUCGAGAUCUCUCUAUAUCUCUCUCUAAAUGUUCUACCUCUAGCUUAUAUCUAUAAUAUCUACUCUCGUCUCUCUCUCUCAUUGUGGAUCAUUUAUGGCUAAAUGCUUAGAGGUAAAAAUAUGUAUUAUACCGUGAUACACUUCCCUUACCUCUUUACCUUCCUUUAUGUUACUUCCUUUCCUUCUCUUCCCUCUUACCAGGAUGAUGAAGGGGGUCAGAAGUCCCUGGUCAACAGAUGGACCACCUUCCUGAAAGCCCGCCUCAUCUGCUCUGUGAUCGGAGAGGAUGGGGUGGAGACCUCAUUCGACGAACUGAGUGAGACAGACCUCAAUGAAAGAUUUACUAGAUCAUUACUUAUUAUUAGUCUAUGGGUCUGAGUCUCUCAUCUGCAGCAAGGUAAUUUUCUGUCUUCCAGGGGAUGUUUUCAUCCAGCCCACGCAAGAUGAACGCAACCCUGUGGUCUAUGCCCUGUUCACUACUGCUGGGUAAGGUCACCAUUAUAUUCAUCUUACAUCACCUUUUAUACUUCCCCUUUCUCCAAUCCCCUUCUCUCUAUACCCCUUCCUGCUGUCACUGCUUUCUCCAAUCCCCUUCUCUCUAUACCCCUUCCUGCUGUCACUGCUUCAUGGUUUUGUACUGUAGGUUUACCUCUCUCUCCUCCUUCCUCCACUUCACUGGUUGAUGCUUACUGGAUUCCUCAUUCUUUCUUUCUCUCCCAGCUCUGUGUUCAAGGGUUCAGCAGUCUGCGUCUACUCCAUGGCUGACAUCCGCAACGUCUUCAAUGGACCUUUCUCCCACAAACAUGGUCAUAACUACCAGUGGACAGUCUACACUGGCAAGAUUCCCUACCCUCGCCCUGGCACAGUAGGUUUAGACCUGUUACUCACUGCAACCAAUAAAUACAUUACACACAAAUUAAAGUGAGUAUCACCUCUGUCGAAUCAGACAAGGGAUGCGGGCGCGGGCGCGCGAGCGCGCGCGCGCGCGCGCGCGCGCCAGCCAGCCAGCCAGCCAGCCACCAGCCAGCAGCCAGCCAGCCAGCCAGCCAGCCAGCCAGCCAGCCAGCCAGCCAGCCGGGCCAGCCAGCCAGCCAGCCGCCGAAGCGAGCGAGCGAGCGAGCGAGCGAGCGAGCGAGGAGCGAGCGAGCGAGCGAGCGAGCGAGCGAGCGAGCGAGCGAGCGAGGCGAGCGAGCGAGCGAGCGAGCGAGCGAGCGAGCGAGCGAGCGAGCGAGCGAGCGAGCGAGCGAGCGAGCGAGGCGAGCGAGCGAGCGAGCGAGCGAGCGAGCGAGCGAGCGAGCGAGCGAGCGAGCGAGCCAGCCAGCCAGCCAGCCAGCCAGCAGCCAGCCAGCCAGCCAGCCAGCCAGCAGCCAGCCAGCCGCCAGCCAGCAGCCAGCCAGCCAGCCAGCAAGCCAGGCCGCCAGCCAGCCAGCCAGCCAGCAGCCAAGCCAGGCCAGCCAGCCAGCCAGCAGCCAGCCAGCCAGCCAGCCAAGCCAGCCAGCCAGCCAGCCAGCCAUGCCAGCCAGCCAGCCAAGCCAGCCAGCCAGCCAGCAGCCAGCCAGCCAGGCCAGCCAGCCAGCCAGCCAGCCAGCCAAGCCAGCCACGCCAGCCAGCACAGCCAGCCAGCCAGCCGAGGGCGAGCUGCAGCGAGCGAGCGAGCGAGCGAGCGAGCGAGCGAGCGAGCGAGCGGAGCGAGCAGCGAGCGAGAGCGAGCGAGCGAGAGCGAGCGAGCGAGCGAGAGCGAGCGAGCGAGCGAGCGAGCGAGCGAGCGAGGAGCGAGCGAGCGAGCGAGCGAGCGAGCGAGCGAGCGAGCGAGCGAGCGAGCGAGCUAGCGAGCUAAUCUAUGCGAGCGAUCGAUCUAGUCAUGACUAUCUAUCGAUCUAUCUAUCUAUCUACUAUCUAUCUAUCUAUAUCUCUCCCAAAGUACACUGCUCCUUCCUCCCCCUACUAUCGGCAUGCACUCAGCCCUGGGCGUGGACCGGAGCUCCUGCUAGAUAAUCUCUAUCCUCGAUCGCGCCUCAUCGCCGCGCCAGCGCUAUAGUACGCGCUUAUCUCUCUCUCGAGCAGCAUAUCCAUCUCUCUCUCUCUCUCUCUCUCUCUCUCUCUAUCUCUCUCUCUCUCUCUCACCUCUUUUAAACUCACAAUAUAUAAUCUCUCUCUCCCUCCCCCUAGUGUCCAGGAGGAACAUUUACUCCAGGCAUUCGUACCUCUAAGGACUUCUCAGACGAGGCAGUGAACUUUAUGCGAGCCCAUCCCCUCAUGUACCACCCUGUGUACCCUAUCCACCGUCGCCCCCUGGUGGUGAGGACUGGUGUGGACUACCGCUUCACUGCCCUGGUGGUGGACCAGGUGGACGCCGUAGACGGCCGAUACGAGGUGCUCUUCCUAGGCACAGGUGAGUGGCUCUCCGUCCCAGGGCAAUUGGCUGACUGAAGGACUUCAUUGCUUGUCCGAAUUUCACAUUUUGUAUUUUGUCCAAAUUGUUGUUCCAGAUCGUGGCACUGUCCAAAAGGUCAUAGUUUUACCUAAAGACCCGAGCACCAUGGAGGAGCUCACCCUGGAGGAAGUGGAGGUUUUCAGGGUAUGCCUAUAUGAUUAUCCAAAUAUUGUUUACAUUAUAGAAAAAGUCUCCAACCACUGUCCUUGAACAUUCAUUCAAUGGUUAUGCUCUGUAGUUCCUGAUGUGAAACAUUACAUUUAAUUACAGACACAUGCUGCUGUCAAAACAAUGAAGAUAUCAUCUAAAAGGGUAAUCUGAACUCUUGAUUUCAAUGUAAUUGUCUACAUCAUUUCCAAUACCCCAACUCUCUCUUUGUUAAUCAACAGGAAAUACUAGAGAGAUGUUGUUGAUGCUGACCUCUUGUUUUCAUUGUCAAUAUAGCAACAGCUGUAUGUGUCGUCAGAGGCGGGGCUAACCCAGGUGUCUCUCCACCGCUGUGGGGUGUACGGGAGGGCCUGCUCCGACUGCUGUCUGGCACGGGACCCUUACUGCGCCUGGGAUGGGGAGAGCUGCUCCGCUUUCACCCCCGCCACCAAGAGGUCAGGACCACAACACACACCAUCACAACACACCACAACACGUCAUCUAGCAACUAACAGUGGAAGGGGUGUCGUAAUACGUUAUAAGUCUUCUUCACUGUGUCUGCGUAAAUGUGUGAAUGACUGAAUUACUUUCUGUACUUGUGAAAUGUGUUCGAUGAACCCUGCGCUCUCUCUGUUACCCAGGAGGAGCAGAAGGCAGGAUGUGAAACAUGGGGAUCCACUGCGACAGUGCAGAGGCUUCAAUGCCAAAGGUUAGACAAUACACUUUUAUCUUCAGAGUUCAGAGUGACACACAUUAAAAUAAUUUUAUAAUACAAAAAUGUACAAGGAACUGGCAUUUAAAAUAAUCUCCCUCCCUCCUCCUCCCUCCUCCUCCCUCCUCCUCCUCCCCCCAUCCUCCCGUCCUCCCCUCCUUCAGUGGAGAAGCGUCUGAGAGAGACAGUCCAAUUUGGUGUGGAGGGGAGCAGUACAUUUCUGGAGUGUCAGUCUCGCUCUCCUCAGGCCACAGUCAAGUGGCUCUAUCAGAGGGGAGGAAGAAGGAAAGUGGUAAGGAAGAAAAUACAAGUUUCUAUUUCUGCUCUUUUAAAAGAGACCAGUAUUAUUCAAAUAUCAAAUUCAGACCACAUUUACACCGAGUAUACCAAACAUUAGGAACAACUUCUUACUAUUGAGAUGAACCCCCCCCCCCCCCCCUCCUCCCCCUUUUGCCUUCAGAAAAGCCUCAAUUCAUUGGGGCAUGGACUCUACAAGGUGUCGAAAGCUUUCCACAGUUAUGUCAAGUUGGCUCCAUUCUUGAAACACACAGGAAACUGUUGAGUGUGAAAAACCUAGCAGCUUUGUAGUUGCAGACAAUUGAGACAUGGAUUGUGUAUGUGUGCCAUUCAGAGGAUGAAUGGGUAAGACAAAAUAUUUAAGUGCCUUGGAACGGGGUAUGGUAGUAGGUGCCAGGCGCACUAGUUUGAGUGUGUCAAGAACUGCAACGUUGCUGGGUUUUUCAGGCUCAACAGUUUCCCGUGUGUAUCAAGAAUGGUCCACCACCCAAAGGACAUCCAGCCAUCUUGACAUAACUGUGGGAAGCAUUGAAGUCAACAUGGGCCAGCAUCGCUGUGGAACGCUUUCAACACCUUGUAGAGCCAAUGCCCCAACAAAAGGGGGUGCAACAAAAUAUUAGUAAGGUGUUGCUAAUGUUUUGACCACUCCGUGUAGUUCUUAGUGGAAGAACACAUUAAAGCACAUUCAAGCUCAGAGAGAGUGACACUUCAAUUAUUUAUAUCUUGAACCAGAGAUUGAGAUUACAUUCUGAAAGGCACUUGCCAAUCGAGCAAGUCAGGAGUAUUUUUUGGUUGCCUGAAAUUAAUGAUCAUGUAAAUUAGCUAUUUACACGCAGAUAUAUUGCCAUAUACAGUGAGGUCCAAAAUUAUUGGCACCCUUGAUAAAGAUGAGCAAACAAGACUGUAUAAAAUAAAUAAUACAAAUACUGAGCUACAAUGAGUGUACAAAACAUUAAGAACACCUUCCUAAUAUUGAGUUGCAACCCUCCCCCCUCAGAACAUCCUCAAUUUGUCUGGGCAUGGACUCUACAAGGUGUCGAAAGUGUUCCACAGGGAUGCUGGCCCAUGUUCACUCCAAUGAUUGCCACAGUUGGGUCAAGUUGGCUGGAUGUCUUUUGGGUGGUAGAUCAUUCUUGAUACACACAGGAAACUGUUGACAAGAAAAACAUAACAGCGUUGCAGUUCUUGUUGACACAUACCGGUGUGCCUGGCACCUACUACCAUACCCCGUUCCAAAGGCACUUAAAUAUUUUGUCUUGCCCAUUCACCCUCUUCAUGGCACACAUACACAAUCCAUGUCUCUGUUGGCUUAACAAUCUUUGUUUAACCUGUCUCCUCCCCUUCAUCUACACUGAUUAACAAAAGACAUCAAUAAGGGAUCAUAACUUUCACCUGGAUUCACCUGGUCAGUCUAUGUCAUGGAAAGAGCAGGUGUUCUUAAUGUUUUGUACACUCAGUGUAUAUUGUAUGCUAUAUUUGGGGGGGGGGGGGGGGGGGGGGGUUUCAAUACCUUUCAAUACCUCACCUUGCGAGGAUAACGGCAAUUAGCCUUUUUCUAAGAUGUUUUACGAGAUUGGAGGGAUCGAGAGGGACCUUAGAUUUUAGACCAUUCCUCCAUACAGAAUCUUUCCAGAUCCUUGAUAUCCUUCGUCUGCUCUUAUGGACUGUAUGUAUCAAGAAUGGUCCACCACCCAAAGGACAUCCAGCCAAUAUACAUAGUAAAGUAAAGUACAGAUACCCCAAAAAACUACUUAAGUAGUACUUUCAAGUAUUUUUACUGAAGUACUUUACACCACUGACUGUGGGAACCAUUGGAGUCAACAUGGGCCAGCAUCCCUGUGGAACGCUUUCGACACCUUGUAGAGUUCAUGCCCUGAUAAAUUGAGGCUGUUCUGAGGGCAAAAGGGAGGUGCAACUCGAUAUUAGGAAGGUGUUCAUAAUGUUUUGUACACUCAGUGUAUAUCAACAAGUAAUGGAAAAUAUCCAUAGAGCAAUAGUCAAUCACUUUUGAAAUAUAAAUGAGGCACAUUUGGACUUGUUCUCACCCCUCACCUCCCUCACACGCGCGCGCCCCCCCCCUCAAACACGCCCCCCCGACCAGAACACCGUCCCCCGCUACGACCAGAACACGCUCGCGCCCCGCACUACCAGAACACCUCGCGCCCCCUCACGACCAUAACACGCGCGCGCCCCUCACGACCAGAACACUGCGCUCCCCGCACGACCAGAACACGCUGCGCCCCCGCACGACCAUGAAACACGCGUCGCGCCCCCGCACGACCAGAACACCGCGCCCCGCACGACCAGAACACGCGCGCGCCCCCGCACGACCAGAACACGCGCGCGCCCCCGCACGACCAGAACACGCGCGCGCCCCCGCACGACAGAACACGCGCGCGCCCCGCACGACCAGAACACGCGCGCGCCCCGCACGACCAGAACAACGCGCGCCCCCGCACGACCAGAACACGCGCGCGCCCCCGCACGACCAGAACACCGCGCGCGCCCCCGCACGACCAGAACACGCGCGCGCCCCCGCACGACCAGAACACGCGCGCCCCGCACGACCAGAACACGCGCGCGCCCCCGCACGACCAGAACACGCGCGGCCCCCGCACGACAGAACACGCGCGCGCCCCGCACGACCAGAACACGCGCGCGCCCCCACGACCAGAACACGCGCGCCCCCCGCACGACCAGAACACGCGCGCGCCCCGCACGACCAGAACACCGCGCCCCCGACGACCAGAACACGCGCGCGCCCCGCACGACCAGAACACACGCGCGCCCCGCACGACAGAACGCGGCGCGCCCCCGCACGACAGAACACGGCGCCCCCCGCACGACCAGAACACGCGCGCCCCCGCACGACCAGAACACGCGCGCCCCCCACGACCAGAACACGCCGCCCCCACACAAAACACCCUCCACGACCAGAAACACCGCGCCCCGCACGACAUAACCCCCCCACACCAACACGCUCUGCGCCCACACCAUAACACUGCUCGCCCCUCACUACCAUAACACCUCUCUCCCCCCACGACCAUAACACUCGCCCCCUCACGACCAUGAACACUCUCCCCCCCCACACCAUAACACUCUCGCCCCCUCACUACCAUAACACUCUCGCCCCUCAUACCAUAACACUCACCCCUCAUACAUAACACUCUCUCCCCCUCACUACCAUAACACUCUCUCUCCCCCUCACUACCAUAACACUCUCUCCCCCAACCAUCCCUUGUCACUACCAUAACACUCUCUCCCCCUCACUACCAUAACACUCUCUCGCCCCCUCACUACCAUAAACACUCUCUUCCCCCUCACUAACCAUAACACUCUCUGCCCCCUCACUACCAUAACACUCUCUCUCCCCCUCACUGCCAUAACACUCUCUCUCCCUCACUACCAUAACACUCUCUCUCCCCCCUCACUACCAUAACUCUCUCUCCCCCUGACUACCAUAACAUCUCUCGCCCCCUCACUACCAUAACACGCUCUCUCUCCCUCACUACCAUAACACUCUCUCUCCCCCCUACCCCUCAGCUCAACCGGGACAGAGAGUAUCUGAAGACGCCCCUGGGAAUCCUUCUGAAGUCUCUCAGCCAAUCAGACGCUGGUCUGUACCACUGCCUGGCCACGGAGAACAACUUCAAACACACGGUGGCCCGUGUGGCGCUGCGCAUCCUGGACCGAGACAUCGUGGUGGCCCUCACCUCCCCUGAUGAUGACCCCAUGACCUCCAACAGCCCUCCCAACGAGCGGGGGGGACAACGUGACCCCCAGCAGCCAAAGCACCCCCCAACCCUCCCUCUCACAGACACCCCAUCCCAGCAAGAAAUCAGGUUGAUCCACCAGUACUGUCAGUCUUACUGGGAGCAGUUAGGGCUCAAGCAGCAGCAGCCCAAACGCACCUCCAGGAGACACACAGAGAGCCAGGAGACCCAAGGCGGAUAG